AUGCCUGUAAGCUGGGUAGCCAAGAAACAAGGUGGCGUCUCUCUCUCAACUAUGGAGGCCGACUUUGUCGCGGCGUCUGAGACGGCACGCGAGCUUCUUGGUAUUCAAGAGAUGCUUAAAGAGGUGGGACUUGCACCGACUCAGCCUAUGACAAUGCAUGUGGAUAACCAGGCCACGAUUCGCCAGAUCGAAGGAGAGACUUCGUCUCUAGAAGCUAGACACAUCGACGUGCGCCUCAAGUUUGUUAAGGACUUUGCUCGUCGUGGCGUCGUUGAGAUGCGCUACGUCCGGUCAGAGCUUAUGCUCGCGGACUUACUGACAAAGGCGUUAGACCAGCACAAGCUUGCAGAGCUGCGAGCGCUCGUGGGGUUGCGCUAG